AUGAACGACCAACGCGAAGCGAAGCGUGCCCGCCAGGCUUGCAUUCAAUGUCGACGUAAGAAAACGCGAUGCUCCGGUGAGAAACCAGUCUGCGCAUUCUGCGCGAGGCUGAAGCAGGAUUGUCGAUGGGACGAUAGUUCCAUGUGCGAUCAUUCUCAUAUUAUGCCAAACGCUGUCCAGGAUGCCAAUUUGGCCGCACGAGUGGCCUUGUUGGAGUCCAAGUUGAGCCUCCUCAACGGAGAUCCUGCUGACGCCUCGUUCCCGGUCGACCAUCAUGCCGACACAUUGUCCCGGAAGCGAAGGACUUCCACGCGGGACCAAGCGUCUGUGUCUGAAGGAUCUCCAAACAGCCAGAUGGGCUCGGAAACAUCAAGGCUCGUGAUUCGGACUGUUUCAUUACCACAAUACUCUAACCUUACUACAGGAGACCGGCCCAGCUACCUCCAGAAGACAUACUUCAUUCACUGCCAUAACCAACCAUACGCUUUUUUCCGACCGGAGUACUUUUAUUGGAAGUUCAACCGAGGAGAAGUGCCCGAUUACCUUUUGAUGGCCAUGCUUGCUUUGGCUGCACGCUUCUCAAGCGAGCCAUUCUUCGAAAGCAAGAAUGUCGAAGCCAUCGAGACCUAUUCUCGUACCGCCUGGAAUGAGAUCUUUGAGAAAUCCUUUUCCGAAGACUUCAACUUGGAUAUUCACGCAGUGCAGGCAACGAACCUGUUAGCAAUCGUUGAUUUCACUGACGGCCGAACCAAGCUUGGCUGGCAGAAAGUAGGGCUUGCUGUCCGCUUUGCCCAAAGUCUACAACUUGGUGCAGAUGUCAAUGCCGACAUCACGGCCGAAGAACGCGACGAGAGAUUCCUGACUUUCUGGUCCACCUAUAUCUUGGACCGACUGGUGUCUUGCAGCUCUCAUCGCGCGCCCACGAUAUCUGAUAGUGAUAUUGCCCUUCAACUACCUUCCGAUACACCUCGUACCGAUGAAGUCGGAUCGCCUUUAGUGCCGGUCUUAAGGACAUUGAGCGACUUUUCCACCGGUGCAGCGGACCAAAAUUUAGACUACUUUGCACAAACAGUGCUCAUGGCCUCAGCAUUGGGUCGGGUGCAGAGACACAUUCUACAGCAUCGAGGUUCAACGGACCCAUUUCCUCCAUGGGAUUCUCGAAGCGAUUUCGCAAAUAUCAACAGCAUGCUACUUAACUUCGAAGCACAAUCUGACAUCACUCGGCUCUCAUUUUCCACCACAAUUGCACAGUUCGUCAGCCCGGACGGCACUCGAGAUCAUCCGGGGGCCGGACAUUUGAUCUUCGCCAAUAUGCUCUACCACAUGAAUCAAUGCCUUUUGCACCAUCCGUUCUUGCUUCGGAAACGUCUCGAAGCCUGCAAGGCCAAAGUAUCACUUACUUUCCGUGGAGAGGCUUUGCGGCGCGGUCUGGAGCACGCAAAUCAGCUCACGGUCGUGCUUCGCACGGCGCAAAAGCAGGGAUUUACCAUAGGCAGCUUUUUCUCAUACGCUAUGAUAGUGGCAGGCACUAUUCAUAAGCUCUUCACGCAUCAUGAAAACGAAUGGACGAGGCACACAGCCCAGCAGCUUUACGAACAGUCGGUGGGAUUCUUCGAUGGAGGCAAGGCCACCUGGAAUCAUUUCAUACCUAUUGCGACUUCCCUCAAAACCUUCGAACCUGACCCGGCCUCAGCAAGAGACCUUGUAAGUUCCAGUACCGCAGACAACUAUGUGCCGAACCCGACUCUCGACGUGCUAUGGAAACUUCUUGAUUACGGGUGGCUAUCCGACGCCGCGAGGCCAUCGAUGCAGCGAGAGUCGGCAGAGCCACGCCCGUCUUUACCGACGCAGGAUCAGGGAUCGUGGGAAUCAGGCGGUGCGGCCGCCUUACUGGAGGAGCCUCGAACAGCAAACGGCACGUCAAACAUUGAAGACAGGUCAUUUGAUCUCCUCGAGGACUUCGACCCUGGCAAGCCUCUUGCGAUCCACGGCGAAGUUUCGACCGAUUUCAUGGGCCUUCCUGACGCUUUGGGUGACCCCUGGCCUCAGCUUCUUGGCCCUGGCGAUUUCUUUUCCCCGGACCUUCAGAUUCUAUCGCCUUGGUCUCAGCAAGUCGAAAGGUAG